AUGUCGACUUCAAUUGAACUCAAGGCGAGCCAGUUCAAAGUUCACUCCGUUACCGUUUUCCAAGCGGACAGAGCGGAGGUAUCGCGCAUGUUCGACGUCCAGCUCAAGGAGGGUCAAAAUGAGAUUGAUAUUUCCCAACUACCGACCGUUCUAGACGAAGACUCGAUUCGUGUUGACGGUAUAGGCGAAGGAGCAAUCAUCUCCGAUGUGAUCUAUCACCCACCUGCGUCAAUUCACUUGAAUAAAGAACAUGAAAGUGCUGUUCAAGACCUGCAAAAGGCAAAGACAGUGCUCGAGCAGGAGCUCCGCGUCUACAGGGCACAAGAAGCUAUCAUGGCCAAGUAUUCAGAUACCCUCAAGAGCGCGGAUACCACCAGCAUACAACUUGGCGAAUUCUUGGAUCUCUACUCGGAGAAACAAACCGCUAUAAAUCAGAAGGUCUCGCUCUUGCAAGAGAAAAUCAAGGGAAAGGAAGAUGAAAUAAGCGAGCAGAGAAAGAUUCAACUCAUAGAUAGUGAGGGCAAAAAGAGGGCGGUUCGAAUUACCAUUCUGGUUCACGCAGCAAAGGACGGAGCUGCCAAAAUCUGUCUCAAGUAUCUCGUCUCGCGUGCCUCCUGGGCGCCACUCUACGACCUCCGAGCCUCUAUCGGUCCGACCAAGACGGAAAUAUCCCUCCAGUACCGAGCUACCGUGACUCAACGGACAGGAGAAGACUGGGGUGACGUUGAGCUCACACUCUCGACCGCUUCUCCUCAGCUUGCUAGUGAAAUUCCAAAACUCACUCCACAAUGGCUGAACCCCAUUGUGAAUUAUUGGGCAGGAAAAGGGAAACAGCUUCAUCUUGAUAGUGGUAGAGGAUUUGCGAAAGCCUCACCUCGUAUGGCGAAACGUCGCAUUCGUAGUCGAUCUUCCGAUGAAGAGGACGAGGAAGAAGCAGAAGAAGAUAUUAGAAGACCGUUUGAUAUCCCUCAGGCACUUUCUAUUGAAGGGGCAAUUUCUACUUCAUUUGUCAUUGAUGGGCUAUCCACUAUUCCUAGUGAUACAGACUCGACCUCCCAGGCUCACAAAGUGGCCGUUGCCGUCGUCGACCUGACCGCUGAACUCGAAUGGAUCGCUGUUCCAAGGGAGCAACCGAGUGCAUUCCUACAGGCCCGCGUCAAAAACACGAGUCAGUACAUGUUCCUUCCUGGCCGAGCAAACAUCUUCCUCGACGAUAAUUUUGUCGCUAAAUCUGAAAUCGAGCAUGUCAGCCCCAAUGAGAGCUUCUCCUGUUCGCUCGGUGUCGAUCCGCAAGUGAAGAUGACCUAUCAUCCAAGGACCAAGAAGACACGUUCACAAGGCGGCCUUCUGUCAAGCAAGGCGAUCACCACGGCAUAUCAUCAAAAGAUGACAAUCAGAAAUACACGUAGCACCCCCGUCAAGCGUCUGCUCGUACGCGAUCAAGUGCCGGUGUCUGGAGACCAACAAAUCAAAGUGACGCUGCUAGAUCCAUCCAACAUCGAGUUCAAUGGUCGUAACACCAUUUCCGCGGCCACUGAUACUACCAAUAAGCGCUCAUCGAUGAUGGUUGGUAGCGAAAACAGAUUGCAGGUGCCGAAAGAGGUGCAGAUUGGGCGUGGAGUUAGUGUACGCUGGAAGGUUAGCGAUGACGAAUUAAUGUCGGAUGCGGCGACUAGUGUCGGACUGGAUGGUGCUCGCGAAGGCAUGAUCGAGUGGGUGUGCGAGCUUGGAGCUGGUCAGGCGACAGAUCUGACACUGUCCUGGGAAGUAACGGCACCACUGGGAAUGAAUUGGGGACCUCAAUAG